AUGCCAUUCGCCAAAAGAGCGGUGGGACCCCAGCUGCUGUGCAGGUACCGGAUCCCCAACGAGGAGGGCUUGGUGUUCGAGGACCUGGUCUCCAUCAGCAAUGUGGCUCUGUCCCGGACCCUCCGGCAGCUGUCGGACCUGGCCCGGCACGCCUGCUCCAUCUUCCAGGAGCUGGAAAGCGACCUGGCGACCACCAGCCAGCGGGUCAGGGGGCUGCAGGGUAAAGUUAACCGACUCCAGCAGGCCUGCUCCGAGCUGGACCCCAAACAGGAGGCAGUGCCCGUGGAGUCCGGCCGGAGCUCCCCACGUCCCUUCCCACGCAGAGGGGCGUGUGACAGCCCGGCGGCUGACCCCCCCUUUCCUCCCUCCCUCCCCGGGCUUUCACUCGGCUACAACAUUGCUAUUACUCGCCCCGGCAACUCACCUGUCCAUUUUCGGCCGUGGGCCCAGACUAGCGGAAGGGACGGCGUGUUAAAUCCACGCAGCGGGCGGUCUCCUGUGCAGGUGGACGGAAAGUCUCACGGAUAUCUCUUAGCUAAAAGCCUUCCGGUUGGAGACGUUCACGUGGGCUCGAAGAUGCUGACUCACUCGGGACUCUGA